UAUUAUGGAAUUGUACGUUUCAAUUUCAACACCAUCAGAAAAAGUAGGGAAGGAAUUAAAGUGAUACGUCUGCCCUUUUUUCAGAUGGAUAGACUCUUAAUCAUGAAAUUCCCAAUAAUACUCUUAAUAAUAUUUAAACUCUCGCUUUCCCUUGGUUCUAUUCCUAAAAUUAAAAAUUACUCUGGUCAUGGUGGAUUAUGUAAAAUAGAUGAAUUGUUGAGUUUUGAAAAUGAUUACCCGUCAUGUUAUAUAUUGGAAGAGGCUAUGCGACGCUUUUUAUUACGAUUGAGAAUGAAACACAUACCUACUGCCUAUCCAUUAAAAGAGAAAUGUUUAAUAUCUCGUAUUUCAGUUAACAUAUCGGAAGGAUGUAAUGAGGAAGAGAGUAAAUUGUGGCCGUCGGCCUCAAUGAACGAGUCAUAUUCACUAGAAAUUGACAACGGUACGAUAAAUAUUUAUUCAGAAGAGAUUUGGGGAACUUUACAUGCAUUUGAAACAAUACUUCAAAUGGUGUACAGAGGUGAACACGGUCAAAAUCAAAUAUUUGAAUGUAGAGUAAAGGAUUCACCGAGAUUUGCACAUAGAGGAGUGUUGAUCGACACAGCCAGACAUUAUCUGAGUAUUGAGACGAUUAAAAAUGUUACAACUGCAAUGUCAAUAGUGAAGAUGAAUGUUUUACACUGGCAUAUGACUGAUGAUGAAUCCUUCCCGUACUCUUCCUCCAUUUAUCCUGAAUUAUCUUCAAAGGGAGCAUAUCAUCCACAGGAAUACGUGUAUGAAAGAGGUGAAAUUGACGCGUUGAUUGAAUUCGCCCGACUACGCGGAAUCCGAGUUAUAGUGGAAUUUGACACACCAGGACACACUUUAUCAUGGGGUAAAGGACACUCAGAAAUACUUACAGGUGAAGAACAUGAAGGACCAAUCAACCCAACCAGUGAAAAUAUCCUUACAUUUCUAUCAAGCUUAUUCCAAGAGAUUUUGAGUGUUUUUCACGAUGAGUAUCUGCAUUUAGGUGGCAGUGCUUUUGACAAACAUUGGUGGCAAGAAGAUGAAGCGAUUCAAGAAUUUAUGCAACAGCAGGGAUUUGAUCAAGACUACAAUAAAUUAGAAAGUUAUUAUUUUCAACAACUAACAGAAAUCAUCCAGAAUAUCGCUUCAGAUGCACAAAAGACUAUUUCACCAGUUGUUUGGGACAGUGUUUUUGUAAACGGAUUUAGAGGGGAUUUAAACACAAUUAUACAAGUACUAAAUAAUGAUGAUUGGAAAAGUGUCGUCGAAUCUAUCACAUCAGCUGGCUACAAAGUCAUAAAUUCAGCGUGUUGGUCCGAGAAUCACGGAGAUUUCAGUGAUUAUGGAGAAAAGGCAUACUACUGUCAGCCUUCAGAUUUUGGAGGUACUGAUGAAGAAGUUGAACUGGUUAUUGGUGGAGAAGUCGUCAUUUGGGGAACGUACGUGGAUGACAUCAAUCUACUGUUAGAAUUAUGGCCGGUUAUCACUGUGGCAGCUGAACGUCUUUGGGCUGAUCAUGCAAACGACUUUCAAUUCUUCUUAACAAAAUUGAAAAUGCUUUACUGUCAAAUAAAAGUACUUGGUUGGAAACUAAAGCCUUUCAUAGGACCAGGAUUUUGUGCACCAUGAUGAAAUUCUUCAAUAACGGAAAACAUCUCAGUUUGUUCACAAGUUACGGUUGCAUAAUGCGAUUAAAUACAAAGUAAACAUACCGAGAAACUUAUUAUUAUUAUCGUGACUAUACACAUUGUACAACACUGUAAUCAAUUUAUAUGUGUAAAUGUGAAAUCUACUCAGCAGUUCAUUGUCUCUUUACAACUGCUCCAGUUUUAAGCUCAGGAGCUAAAGAUAAACUACUUAAUUUCAUCUUUUUUUA